AUGUCACAAGAAACUGAUAUAUCAACACAUAUGCAAGCGUCAGGACGAUGGGCUAUUGGUUCAUUAGUGCUAGUUGCAUUAGCCACAUCCGAAAUCUCUGGAUUAGGAACAAUUGCUGCGUUACCCAUUGCUGCGUUUAAUGCUUUUUUGAGUGCAUUAUGCCAUGGUGAUAUUGAAACAUAUAAUUUAAUAACAAAAACACCAAGAAGAUUUCGUGCGACACGUAAUUCCGGUGAUUUAUUUGAAUUUUUGAGUGUAUGGUUCGAUUUAUUAACACAAUUAACAGCGGCGGCAACAUGUGCACGAGUUGUUAGUGCCACAAUGGAUUAUAUGAGUGGUGGACGAACAAGUGACUGGUUAUUUGGGUUUCAAUCACAUUCGCUGGGCGAACCAUGGCCGGAUAUUCUUGGAAUUGGAAUUAUAAUUGUGGUGAAUGUGAUGUUCAUGUUAGGAUUAGAGAAUUCUUAUACAUUUUUUCUAAUACUUAAUAUGGGAAUUGUUGGAAGUUUGAUAUUUUUUCUAAUAUUAGGAUGCAUGUAUGCCGAUUUAGACUUUUGGAAGCAUGAUUCAUUUUUGCCUGAAGGUUUUGAUGGGAUGUUUACAACAGCCGCGUUAUGUACAUUCGGCUUUUCGGAUACAUUUCCCGAACAUCAACGCAAAAAACGUUAUCGUCAACCAAAAACCCAAGUGUUAUUAAUAAUUUUAAUACAACUUUUGACUUAUACUGGAAUAACGAUGUUAUUUACACUAAUGUCGUAUUUUAGAGAAUUAAUGGGCACGGCUGUACCGCUGGUGAGAAUGUUCGAAGCACGAGAUGUUGAUUGGGCUCGCCCCAUAAUGGCAUCAUUUACGAUUGUAAUUGUUGCAGUUGCAUUAAUGGAAUUUUGUCCAGCAAUGUUUGAUAUAAUUGUUACAUUGGCGGAUAAAGAUUGGGAUGUGUUAACACGUUCAUUGAAGUAUGAAAACGAAACUACUGGAAGUCCUGUUUUAGCUAUUUUUACUGCAGGUAGCUUGUCGGCCAUUUUAGCUUUUGCGUGUCCACUAUCGUAUUUAGUACGAUUAUUAAAUGUGGGACCAUUAUUAAAACAUAUCCUAGAAGCAAUGGUGAUUAUAUAUUAUCGAUAUCAACCAGAAGAUGACGUAGAAGAUUUUCCUAUAUGCAACGAUGUAGAAUAUUGUCGCUUGAGCCAGGGUGGUUCAAAAUCUGAUAAAGUACAUGCCAGUGGAAUCAAAACACGAAUAUUAACUGGUAGUUGGUUUUUACCAAAAUCAAUGCGAAAAAGUCGAGCAGCUAUGGUUAAAGAUAGUGCUGUUGAUCGAAAAAACUACAAACAUUCAGGUAAAGCUGACGAAGAAAGUGAAUAUUUAUUAAUGUCAGCAUACAGUCCUGAACCGCAUGAAAUGCCCUUAUCAAUACGUCACUCCGAAUCAAAUUUAGAUUUAGAAACUGGUUCUGAAUGUAGUGAUGGCAACGAUUUAACAACAAUUACAGCUCAUUCAACUGAUAGUGAAGAUACAUCAACUGAUAUCGAUGCCGUUGUUCAAGAAUAUAAAGAACGUUUAAAAGUUGCAACUACAUUGACAGGACCAUCAAUUGCAACCGUCCGUUUGCCUUCCUUAGCUACUGGUCGCUUUGUUUUAGGAGCUAUAAUUGGUGUAUGUGCAUGGAGUACUGCAUUAGCUGUUGGUGUGUUAUUUGAAAAAGUUGGCAUCAUUGGUGGAGCGUUAUCAGGUGCCUUAAUAUUGACAGUAAUGAUAACGGCUCAGCCUCAAGUACAUUUGGAGCAUACAUUUAAUCAGCCCGUUUCAUGUUCAUUAUCUGAUACAUUCUACUCAAUGGACAAUUGUAUGAUACCACUGAUACCAGUCAUUGUUAUUAUAGUUAAUGCAAUAUUGGCUGGAAUGGUUAUGGCAGAAAUAUGGUUAGGUGUCUUAUUUUGGCUAGCAGCAGGUUUAAUAAUAUUCAUACGUUGCGAAGAAUGUUGUUGGUGUUGGGACUGUACCGAUCCAGAUAAUUUACAACACCAUUUAGUUCAACAACAUAAAUCAACAAUCAAUCGUAACAAUUCAACGCUAAGUAACAAUGUACUUAUCGAAUCCACAUCAACACUAAAUCAUUCUCGUUCAUCUUUAGUGACAGCUGCAGCAUCUCAAUUAUCAUCACAAGAUACAAAUCAUGUUCAUAAUCACAACCAUUUGAACCAUCGACAUAUUGCCCACGUGGAUACGAUUCUAAUAGCCAGAUGACACGGGGAUGAUGGUUUAGCAACCACACAUAGUGAUGAAUGCAGUUCAGAAGAUGAGAUUGAUUUAAAUACUGGUUAUGUAAUUGAUUUACAUGAGUGUAGUU